UUUUGGGGGUGGACAGAGUGGCUUUGUAUGCAGAACAUCACCGGACACCAACGGGAGGGACGCUGUCAGUUGUUCUCUGUGUGUCUGUAGUGAAACCAGACCUACCUCUGAUCCCCGCCACACACUCCUCCAUCUGCUGCCUUCUGCCUCCUCUGGACUCCUCCUGAGUGUGUGUGAGACUCUUCGGAGAGCUGAUUCCCGGAGGUUCAGGAGGCUGUGAUGUGGAACUUGUGGGAUUAAAACUUUCGGCGGUGACAGCGAUGGAUUGGAGCCAGGAGACGGAGAGUUCAGACUCUUGAUUUACUGGAGGAUCCCAGAGGAGGAUUUGCAAGCUCCACUUCAACCAGCCCACUUCUCUUCAGGUCACCUUCUGUGUCUCUGCGUCUGAACGUCGUUCGGCUUGUGUCGAGUGUGUGAGCGGCCCAUGCGGGCGGUAAGGGAUGCGGAUCUGAGAAAACUCCAAGCCCCGAUGCCCGCUGCUAUGCUCCCGUGCCCUGCGCCGGCCGGGUCCGACUGGAGCUUCCAGAACCCGGUGGGGGUGGACUGCAGCUCCCCUGAACCUCGCUGCAUCUGGCUGGCGGUGCUCCGCAGUGCCACGGGGUCAUCGCCGCCGACCAUGCCCACCGGGCACAGCCAGAGCUCACAGCAGCCCCGGGGUAAGGGGCGGAGGGAUGGUCUCUCCUCAGCCGGUGACAACCCUCGGCCGCCGAUGGCGACCCGGCCGGGGAGGGAGGGGACCGGCGUGGGCUGGAAGGGUCCCCGGACGCUGGUCCUCCACAAGAACUCCCAGGGUUUUGGUUUCACGCUUCGCCACUUCAUUGUUUACCCCCCAGAGUCCGCCCUGCACACCAACCUCAAGGAUGAGGAGAACGGUAACGGAAAGGGGUAUCAGAAAGGCCGUCUGGAGCCGAUGGACACCAUAUUUGUGAAGAGUGUGAGAGAGAAAGGUCCAGCCCACCAGGCAGGCUUGUGCACAGGGGAUCGGCUGGUAAAAGUGAACGGAGAGAGUGUUUUAGGGAAAACGUACUCGCAGGUGAUAGCGCUCAUUCAGAACAGUGAAAGUGUGUUGGAGCUCUCCAUUAUGCCAAAAGAUGAAGACGUGCUUCAGUUGGCGUACUCCCAGGAUGCCUACCUGACAGGCAACGAGCCCUACUCAGGGGGAGCUGAGUACCUCCCGCCGCCGCCUCCCCUCUGCUACCCGCACACCAAGGCCACGCCCUCCGCUGGAGCUCCUCCGUCUGGCUCCAUGGGCCAGAACCAGCUGGAUAACUGGAGUCGCUGGCCAGGCUCUUCCAGCCCCUCGUCACCCCUGGACAACCGCUCCGCAGUGUGCAGCCCCGCCAGCUGGCAGGAAGGCCGUGCAGGAGAGCCGGGCGGCGUGGGUCACAGCAGCCCCGCUCACCGCACAGAGGAGAUCCAGUACGGUAUGACCAGCCAGCAGCCUCAGGGCCAGAUCAGGGGGCGCUCCUACUCUUCCUCUUCCUCAUCAGGAGGCCCUUUGUCCAGUCCACUGCAAGUCCACUACCCCAACCACCACGCUGCCAGCUCCUCUCAGGUUCAGCCACGCAAGGCCAGCUCAGUCUGGACCAGCCCCCCCCUGCCCAAGGUCAGCCACGGCCGCACCGAGCGAUGCCAGCAGGCACUCUCUGACUGGUACUACAACCAGCUGCCUGAGCGCUCAGGACGCAGUAUGCAGACCCGCCAUCGCAGCUACUCUCAGGACCGGCUCAGUGACUCAAGGAGGCAGCAGCAGCGGACAGGUGGCUGGCCGCACAGCGCCUCGCAAGACACUCUGCUCUUACUGCAGCAGUCCGGACCAGGACCCCACGGAGAGCCCUACUGGUCCUAUGGAGACUGGGAAGGGGGCCCAGGUAGAGGCCAGCCUAACACCAACUACACCCGAACACGCUCUGAGAACCUGCUGGCCCAGUACGACCGCCACGGCCGCUCGUUAGAGAUGCUGGACCGAGCGGCGGCCGGGCUGGUCUCGCCUCGGUCCGAGAGGCCGGCAUGGUUCCAGCAGGCUCCCCAGCCGCCCCCCAGGACUGACGCCCACGCCAGGCAGGGGAGCCAUUACAAUGCAGCACAAGCGCCUCGACAUGCACAGUCACAUCCCAAACAGCACCCCCAGACCCACAGCCAGGUCCAGCCUCAGCCCCAGCAGGCGGCCCCCCAGAGCCGGCGGCUCCCCCCCGGGCAGAGCAUGGACGACCAGCCGGUGGGCUACCGCAGCUACAGCCCGUCUUUUUAUCGCAAGACGGGGCGCAUCAUGCAGCAGGCCCACUCUUUCAGGGACCCUUCAUACUCUGGCCCUCACAUGAACUGGAACCUGACGCCUAAAACCAGCCCCCCGGAGGGCACGACGGCGCCCCUCACCUCCUCUGCCUCGUCCCCUCUCGCCUCCGCCACUCCAGAAUCCCAGGACAGAGCGUACAGGCCCACAAACCACGAGAGGGAACGAGGGUCAGUGGAGGGGCAGGCGGAGGCGGUGGCACAGACCCAGGAAGUGGUGCUGAGGCAGAAACCUCCCACUGGGCGGAGGAACGCCCACGGCAUGCGCCACCCCCACUACGCGCUGCCCAUCGACGGGCUAGAACCCUCUUUGUUUUCCCCAGAUCCCCAGGACGCAGCUCCCGCCGCCGGUUCCACGGGAGAUGUAGCGCCACGGAAGCCAAACGGCAACCUGGCCCCCCUCCCCAUCGAGGAUGACUCGCUGGCCUCCAUCCCCUUCAUCGAUGAGCCGACCAGCCCAGGUGCUGAUUUACGCGCACGCCACGUGCCGGCGUCCUCCGUGGUUUCCAGUGGCAUGAACUCGGCGCCCGCCGUGGUCACCAGCCCCGCCUCCCCCACCUUCACCUUCCCCCUCACUAGGCUCUUCUCACACGACUGCAGCAGUAUUAAAUCCGGUCGCCGUUCCUCCUAUCUUCUAGCCAUCACCACCGAGCGAUCCAAGUCGUGUGAUGAGGGACUGAACACGUUCAGGGAGGAAGGACGGGUCUUCUCGAGGCUACCAAAGAGAGUGAAGAGCUUCUUCACAGAUGGGUCUCUGGACAACCUUGGGACCGCAGAGGAGGUUCGAUCAAAACGCCACUCCACCUCCGAGCUGGGAAACAUCACGUACAGCGACGUACGGCGGGAAGGAUGGCUGCACUUCAAACAGAUCCUCACAGAGAAGGGCAAGAAGGUGGGCAGCGGGAUGCGGCCGUGGAAGCGAGUCUUUUCCGUGUUUCGCUCCCAUUCAUUGUUUCUCUACAAGGACAAGAGGGAGGCGGUGCUCCGUGGGGCGACCAUCGGAGGGGGGGCGGAGGACGAGCAGCCAAUCAGCAUCCGGGGCUGCCUGGUGGACAUCGCGUACAGCGAGACCAAGCGGAAACACGCUCUGCGGCUGACCACGCAGGACUUCUGCGAGUACCUGCUGCAGGCGGAGGACCGGGAGGACAUGCUGGACUGGAUCAAGGUCAUCAGGGAGAACAGCAAGACGGACAGCGAGGAACUCGGCUUCUCCAGACAGGCCCUCAUCAAUAAGAAGCUGAACGACUACAGGAAACAGAGCCCGACAGGCAGCAAACCAGACUCGUCUCCCAGGCUGCCCCGCAUGAGGCCUCCCUUCCUGCUCACCAAGGGGGAGAACGCAGCGGGGGCGCCACGGUCCCCCAAACCAGAGGGCAAAGAUGAGAGCGGCCCUCCGAAGUCCCCGUGGGGAAUCAACAUCAUGAAGAAGACCAAGAAGGCCGGGCCGAAAGCCUUCGGGGUGAGGCUGGAGGAUUGUCAGCCAGGGGUCAAUAACAAGUUCAUCCCGCUGAUUGUAGAGAUCUGCUGCGGCCUGGUGGAGGACAUGGGUCUGGAGUACACAGGGAUCUACAGAGUCCCCGGGAACAACGCCAUGGUGUCAAUGCUGCAGGAUCAGCUCAACAAGGGCGUCGACAUCAACCCUGCAGAGGAGAAGUGGCAGGACCUCAACGUCGUCAGCAGUUUACUCAAAUCUUUCUUCAGGAAACUUCCAGAGCCGCUUUUCACCAACGACAAAUACAACGACUUCAUCGAUGCCAACAGGAUGGAAAGCGCGUCGGAGAGAUUAAAAACCAUGAACAAACUGAUACGAGACCUCCCAGAUUAUUACUACCACACUUUGAAGUUCCUGGUCGUUCACCUGAAGACUGUUGCCGACAACUCGGAUAAAAACAAGAUGGAGCCCCGUAACUUGGCCCUGGUUUUUGGACCGACUCUGGUUCGGACGUCUGAGGACAACAUGAAAGACAUGGUCACACACAUGCCUGACCGCUACAAGAUAGUCGAGACGCUCAUCCAACACUGCAACUGGUUUUUCACUGAAGAGCAAGACAUGGAUGAAAAGACGCCGGUGGACACGGAGGACGUGCAGCCCGCCCCCAACAUCGACCACCUGCUGUCCAACAUCGGCAGGACGGCUCUGCUCGGGGAGGCCUCAGACUCAACCAACAGUGACUCAGCUAAAUCAAAGGGGUCGUGGGGGUCAAAGAAGGACCUCACGCCAAAGGACUUCCUGACUCUGUCCAUCAUGUCAGCUGUUACGGGCCGCAAACGCAGGAAGCGCCACAACGCCCGCCGGGUGGGCAGCAGCACCGACGACGACUCAGAGCACGAGCCAAUCAAAGCUGGACAUUUAGGGGCAGAGGAGGAAGAGGAGGCAGAGUCACCCGUGGGAGACACUGCUCCUCGUGCAGAGGGAGAGGAGGACGACGACGAGGAAGAAGAGGAAGAGGAGGAGGAAGAGGAAGACGAGGAAGUUGUAGAAAGCGGUGCAAAAGAGGAGGUAGAAGAAGAGGUGGCGGCAGUUAUUCCCAGCCGGCCGAGCGGUAAAGAGGAAGAGGAGGCAGGUGAGAGGCAGGCAGCCAUGUUGUUGCAGGAGGAGGAGGCGCGGGCGGAGGUGAAGGGCCCGCAGUGGAGGGCUCCGGAGGACGCUCGCUCUAUUGUGUCCGGUUACUCCACCCUCUCCACGUUGGGGCGCAGCCUGGGCUCAGAGGGGAGGGGGGACGACGCUGACGACGAGCACAGCGAGCUGGUGAGUGAGACGGACAACGAGAGCGGCUUCGCCUCGCGCUCCCUCACCCAGGAGAGACCCGACAAACACCCCACGUCACCAGGGAACACACAGCCGGGAGCGGCCCCGCGCAGCUUCCUCUACACACACUACAAACCCCCCGUCCUGUCGCCCACCAACCUGCUGGCCCCGCCCACAGAGCUCACGCCCGACUCUGCGGACAGGAGUGAAGGAGGGGCGCGCUCCACCACGCCCUCCUCCUCCUCCUUCUCCUCCUCCUCCACCCAGCACAGGCUGCAUUCACGGCCUUCCUUCAACUCCCACAAGCUGAUCCAAUGCGACACUCUGGCCAGGAAGAAGCUGAAGUCGGAGAAGGGCAAAGCUCGCUCCCUGGACCUGCUGGAGUUGUCCGGGGCCGCCGCUGACAGCGACCGGGCCGGUUCUGGCUCCGAUGGUGCACCCAGAGUGAGGAGAGAGACCUCCAGAACCAACCCCUCCUCAGGCAGCAGCCAGGAGAGCCUGCGCCUGGGCCGGCCCAAGCCCUCUCUGCCCCCCAGCGAGGCGGCCUCCUUCACCCCGACUGGCCCCGGCGGCAGGUCUCUGGCGGACCAGGUGCGUGCUCGCCUGCUGGGCUCGGCUGACGACCUGCGCAGCGUGGGACUGCGGAAACCGCUGUCGCCAGAAACGCGGAGGAAGAGGCGGGCCUGGCGCAGACACACCGUGGUGGCCUCCCCAACCGAGGUCUCCGACAAGAGACCCCCACUGACUGUCACAGAGUUCCCCCUGUCUCCUAACGCUCAGAACCAGGUCAAAACACCAGGGCUGCCUCGGGACGCAGACGUGCUCGACCAAGGACCGACGCCACGUCAAGCACCCACUUCUAGAUUCCACCAGUACCUGUGAGCCCUGCCAGCUGACCCCACACUUCACUCCAAGAAAAAGAGGCUCCUGUAGGGGGGUCCGGGCUGAGCCGCUGCAGGUCAGUAGACCAGCAGCAGCGUAAACAGGGUCAUGGUUAGUUGCCAGGUGCAACACAGUGUACCAGUGACCAGGUCUUUCAGAGCCCCCCUUUUUCUUUUUGAUAAGCUCCAUUUGCAUGGCAAGGGGCAUUCCAGUGUUGCCAAAGCUUUUUUUUCCUAUAUGUGUGCUUUUAUAGAAAUAAUACAGAGACACAAACAGACCUCACCACAAUAAAUGUUACAGCCAAGAAUUUGCAUCCUUCACAUCUUUCUGCUCACACACGGCAUAAAUUAAAGGGUUAAAUCCCUUCAAGUGACCAGAGCUGGAUGCUGAAACGUCCCUCUGGUUCUUGAGUGAAUGGUGCUUCUCAUAAAAGUGGAGUUUAACAGUAAAAUAUUACAAAAUUUCUCUAAAACCUUCAAACUUCAGUGAGCCAGAAGAGACAGUCACACACACUUAAACCUAUUGGUCAGUUUAAAACCAUUUCAAGAGGGAUUUCAGCUGAUUUUGUCAUAUCAGUCUUCCUAACCUGCAGACCAUUGACACUGUAAAACUCUUAAUUUACACUCCAAAAACAAAUCGCUUUGAAACACACAAAACACAGUGGUGUCUCUCUACAUGUUAAUAAUGUUUAUGUGUGUUUGCGCAACAAUAUUUGUGACCAUGUCCGAGCGUGCAGGUGUUUGUGUUGAACAAUUUUUUGUAACAUUUGUACAAAGCCUUGUUAAGUUAACCUUGUAAAUAUAAAUAUUAUGUUAUCAUAUUUGUUUUUACUUUUUUUAGUUCAAUUUUUUAUGGUUUACAAAAAGUGCGUACAAAGUGCACAGUCAUUUCUUUCAAGAUGUUACUUGAAAUGUUUCCCUUAAUAUAUUCAUUUUUUUGUUUUAUAUUCAAUAUAUAUAUUAUAUAUAUUUUGUAUUAAAGUAAAAAAAAAAGUACUUUUAUUGUGAUUUCACCUCUUGGGUGUACCUGUUCACAGGAGACAAGAUAAACAUGACUAAACCUGUUCCUUAUUUCCUCAUAGAUGGCCUUUCUCUCUGAUUCUCAGCACUGUGCAGAAAACCUUUAUCUCUCGAGUCUUAUGGAUACGUUUCUCUGGUGAAUUUACUUCCAACAAUGUUGCAUCACACAAAACGAUCUAGCAACUACAUGUAGCAAGAGAAGAAAUUUGGUAAUUAUUACAUUAUAUUAGGCAGUUUGCAGGCAGCUCAGCACCACAGUGUGAUGGCUGACCUCAUUUGUUUUGUUGUUCAUGUCUGGGAUUACGGAGCGUUGCCUCCACAGAUCUGCUCAUAUUUACUGAGCUCAAAACAAAGUAUGUUUUUCUUGUAAAAAAGAAGCCUCACAGACUGUUAAAAAUGUCUCGUAGCGUGUACAAACAGCUACAUUUCCACCUCCGUUUGGCGGUGAUCUUUUGUGUUUUCAUCACAUCCCCUCUGAGGGUUCAUCCGUCUGCACGUUUAUUACCUUGGGGUUACACAAGGAGGAGUUUUCCAUAAGGUCAGGCUCUAAUAAAUCCUCCCUCACUGGGGAAACGGUACAUUAGAGGAAUACAGAAUGAAUCUAUUGUUGUCAUCUUGAUUUUUUUUACCAUCACAAAAUCAAACAAACAGGAGGUGCAACUUCCAAAAGUCAUGCAGCUUGUUUCCAUCUGACCAAAUAACCCAGUGAAAAAUAAUAAUAAUAAUGAUAAUAAUAAAUAAGUUAUAGUGUUGUCUUACCUCAAGAUUUUUUCUACAAGUGCCUGAUUUGUGGAAUGUGUUUUUGUUCUGCAGUGCCAUGGUCGGUUCUUAUCUUUCCGUUUCCUUUUGUUGUUUCUGGGUCUCCGCCCUCCUCUCCUGUGGUUGAUGGUAUAAAAACUAAAGGCACUGACCCAAAGAUGUGUAUAUUUCAUACAAGUGGUCUAACUGAGAGGCUGUAAAUGAGAAAAAAUAAAAUAAAAAGCACACUUCAAGCCAAGGACACGUCUAUGCACUCUCUUUGCCUUUAACACAGGCAUUAACAGCUAUUAGCGACGCUGCUAAAAGGGAAGAGGCAUAGUACUCUCUCAGCUGCUUUUCAUCUCUCUGCCUAGUGAUCCACAGUGUGUGAAUAUGGUACACCUAACAAACCCUACCCUAAGCCAACAUUAGGUCAUGUCAGACAACAUCCAAUUUCUUACAGAUGAAAAAACAGCCAUCAUCAAAAAGGAAACUCCAGUUGGUGUGUGUUGUCUGAAAUGUGAUUUUUACCUAAUGUCAUUGUUGUAUUUUAAAAAAAAUCUUUUUGUAUAUACUAUCUUAAUAUGUAACAUAUUGUAUUGUGUACAUUUGGAAUUGCUUUUUUGAGUAGAACUAAUAUGAAAAAUGACUGGACUUAAAAAAGAAAAAAAGGUUGUCCGCCUGAAACCAUUUCCCUCAUGGCUGUGUGCUUUAAAGCAAGGUUAUAUGAUGUAAAUAAACAGAACUAUGUUUAAAGAAAA